UUGGGGCUGUUUUGCAACAAAAUGGUCGGCCAGUAGCAUACUUCAGUAAGGCAUUGGGAGUCAAGUAUUAAGCCUUGUCCAUCUAUGAUAAUGAAAUGCUUGCGAUCUUGCUUGCGGUGAAGAAAUGGCAUUCUUAUUUGGUCGGCCGAUAUUUCUUUAUCAAAACAGAUCACCAGAGCUUAAAGUUUCUUUCUAAACAGCAAGCAAUCACGCUUUAUCAACAGAAGUGGGUUGCGAAGAUGUUGGGUUAUGAUUUUUCCAUUUCUUAUCGCAAGGGUGCUCAGAAUACCGUGGCUGACGCAUUGUCUAGAAAACCCCCUGAUCACACUUAUCAAUUGCUCCCAUAUGCUGGUAGUGAGCAUUUUCCUUGGUCGGAGGUCUGGGACUGUAUUGUAGCUUCAUAUGCUACCGAUCAGAAACUUUCUCAGUUGUGCCACGCUGUCCAAGAGCAGCCCUAACUACAUCCCAAGUAUGCGUGGCAUGGUACCUUUCUUCACAGGUUGGGCAAAGUUGUAGUGGGCAAUGCUAUACAACUGCGAAAGCACAUUUUUUAACUCUUUCAUGCCAGCGCCCUAGGGGGUCAUUCUAGCGUCCAUGCAACUCGAUAUCCAAUAUCUGCUGUGCUGUAUUGGAAGGGCCUUGAUGUUAAACAGUGGGUUGGGGAGUGUAACGUUUGCCAGCGUUGCAAAACUGAAACUUCUGUUUCUCCUGGCCUUUUGCAACCCUUACCCAUUCCUGAUCGUUUUUAGCUAUCAUUAGCAUGGAUUUCAUUGAAGGUCUUCCUCUGUCACAGGGUAAAUCCACUAUUCUUGUCGUGGUCGAUCAUUUGACUAAGUACGGCCACUUUCUCGCCUUGACUCACCCCUUUAUAGCUUUAACUGUUGCCUCUGAGUAUCUUCAGCAUAUCUACAAGUUGCAUGGAAUACCGGAUUCUAUCGUUUCUAAUCGGGAUCGUCUUUUCUUAAGUCAUUUUUAGCAGGAAUUGUUUCGCCACUUGGGAACCAAGUUGAAGAUGUCUAUGGCCUACCACCCUCAAACGGAUGGACAUACCAAAAUUCUUAACAAGUGUUUGAAGAGCUAUUUGCGCUGCAUGAUGGGCGAAAAACCAUCUGCCUGGGCUUCUUGGCUUCCUUUGGCCGAGUGAUGGUAUAAUACCACUCAUCAUUCUGCUAUUCAGACCAUGCCCUAUGCAGCUUUUUAUGGGCAAGAACCACAGUUGCACUUACCCUAUUUGGCUGGUGCUUCUCCUGUUGCUACUGUCGAUCGUACUUUACAACAUAGAGAAGUUAUGUGUAAGGUCUUGAAGUUUCAUCUCUCUCGUGCUCAGGAUCGCAUGAAACAAAUGGUGGAUAAACAUCAGUCGGAAUGAGAGUUUCAAGUGGGCGACUUAGUGUAUUUGAAGCUCCAACCAUAUCGCCAACAUUCUCUUCGCAAAUUCAAGAACCAGAAGCUGUCAUCUCGCUAUUUUGGGCCAUUUCCUGUGGAAGCUCGGGUUGGUCAGGUUGCUUAUAAACUGUCGUUACCACCUUCUGCUCGUCUCCAUUCUACUUUUCAUGUCUCCCAAUUAAAGAAGCAUAUUGGUUCGACGGCGAGUGCUCCUACCUUGCCACCAAUAGAGUUUGAUGGAGCUCUUCUAAAAACACCAGUCCGAAUUUUGGACAGACGAAUGGUUAAGCAAAGGAACCAUGCUGCUGUGGAGGUCCUUGUUGAAUGGGCGAACACUUCUCCUGAGGAUUCCACUUGGAAGAAUUUGCAAGCUCUUCAACGUUGGUCUUUAUCAUUUUCAUCUUAUCAUUUUCAUUAUCAUUUUCUUGUUCUGAAUGCCGUGUUUACUUCUGCUUUCAUUUUAGUUAUACAAUGCGUUUUAGUAUUAGUUAAACGAUGUGUUUAGUCUUUUAAUGUAAGGCCGUUAUCUGCUUCAAUUUAAAACUUGUAAUUGAAGGCCAGAAAACAGUUACGAAGUUUUUGAAUCAGAAUUUUAGAAUUCUCUCUCCUUUCUUCUUCUCUCGACUUCUUCUCUUUUCUCUCUAUUUUGUUGCUUCAGAUUCACUCCGUAACAUUUAAUUGGUUUGUUUCGCAAGGGAGAACCUUGGGUUCUUAAAUUUUCAAUGGCAGAGUUAGGUUGGGUAUAAUGUCACUUCCUCUCCAAUAUUACUGCGCAAACUCAGACCAGACAUUUUUUACUCCUUUAAACACGAGAUUUUUUUUUACUGUUUAUUUUUUAAUAAUUUUUUGUUGUUCUUUUUCUUAUCUGUUAUCAACUGAAUCUGUCUUCAGUAUCUCUGCUAGUGGAACUAAAAUAUUUUUCCUGAUAUGGAUCUUUCUUUUAUGUCCUUUUCUUACUUAAAAUCCAAAUCCAUUUUUUUAUUACUAUUAUCUUAGUUGCAAUAAAAAGAAAAGAGAACCUCACCAUACAUGGAAGAAAGAAAAAGGGUGCUUGGACUUUAGUUGUAAUGACUGUAAGGGCAACACUGAUUGGGAUUCUUUAAAGAUUGCAGGUUUUUUUUUUUUUCAAUUUAAAGAAUACCCAAUUUGAUUUACCUGUUUUUAUGUAGCCCCAUUUUGUGAAGGAAGGAUCUUGGUUUUUGGAUCAUCAAGUUUUGCAACCUUUGAAGAAUUCAUGAAAGCUCUAUACUUCCCACAAUUGCUUGCUUGAAAGAUGGUACAUUGUUUGUCUUUGUUAGUUGGAUGAGCAAAUGAAACUAAAAUCAGGUGUGAGCUUCAAAACUAAAGUUUCUUCCUUUUUGUUAGCUUAGCUGUAUAUUAUGUUCGUUUAUUGCAAUUCUUUUGACAUUGUUGUGUUAAGAUGUUAUAAUUCUAGUUUCAGAUGGACUUCGUUUGAUAAUUCAACCUUUUUUUCUUUUGAGUAAUGCUGGUUUAUAGAUGAGAUAAUGGAGGUCGAAAGGAAACAUUCGAAAGGAGGAUUUUUUCAUUUGUUUGAUUGGAAUGGUAAAUCUCAAAAAAAAUUGUUCCCAAACAAUGCUGAAAUCUCAGAAGAAUCAAAGAGAGUAAAACCUGUGGAGAAUAUACUGAAGUCACCGCCUUAUAUGAUGGAGGGGGAUGAGUACAAUGCUGCUUCAAGUUAUAGAAGAAGUGCUGAUUUUAGUUCCGCUUCCUCCAUGGCUAAUGAUGAAGGAUAUGGAUCCAGAGCACCUGGAGUUGUUGCUAGGCUUAUGGGGUUGGACUCGUUGCCGGCACCAAAUGUCUUGGAGCCAUCUUCUACCACAUAUUCAGGGUCUUGCUCUCUUAGAGUAUCUCAUUAUGAAAGAAGUUCUCCUAAUUUGUGGAAUGAAUCUCAACCGAUGGACUACACUGACUUCUCUAACAAGCUUGAUAGUUUGUCCUCAAAUCCGAUUGAACCAAGGUUUCAUAAGGUGCAAAACUGUCCCAUUGAGAGAUUUCAGACUCAAAUAUUGCCUCUGAAAUCAGCAAAACCAAUUCCAAUAACUCAGCAUAAGCUUUUGUCUCCUAUCAAGAGUCCAGGGUUUAUCCCAACCAAGAAUGCAGCUUAUAUAAUGGAGGCAGCUUCCAAGAUUAUGGAGGUUAGUCCUCAGAAAACUUCCAAACAUAAAGUGCCAUCAUUUGGGCUUUCUUCAGUCCCUUUGCAAAUCUGGGAUUUGAAAGACAAAAUUGAAGCUGAACAUAAGGUAUCUGGGCACCAAAGACCUGACGAGCCUAUUCGGAGUACAGAAAUGUCUUUGAAAGGACAACAUAAGAGCAAGAAUCACAACAGAUCAGAUUGUGCACCAACAUUCAGUAUAUCUAGGGAUUCAGAAAAAGGUUCUUCUAACAAUUCAAGGAAUAAGGGAAAAUCAGUCUCGCUUGCAGAACAAGCAAGGGUUAAUAAUGUUCAGAGGAAAAAAGGGUCAUUUUCAAGUGGUAAUGGGAGUUCUGCAAAUCUGAAGGAAGGGAAUGAUGCUAAAAGAAAACAGUUUUGUAGGAGCCAGGCAGAUAUGCGAAAGAGUAUGGAGAACGGAAUUUCUGCAAAUAGGACUAACAAAGUCCUGAGGCAGAAUAAUCAGAAGCAGAACUGCAUUUCUGAUAGAGACUAUUCGAUAUCAAAGACUUCAGCCUUGGACCAGCAAGGUAGGAAGACUAGGUCUAUAAACGGUACAGUUGGGCUAAAUAGGACUAUAAACAAGGUCAUUGUAAACUCUGAAUCUCAGUCCAGGAAGACGAGGUCCUCAGCAACUAAUCCUUCAAAGGAGCAUUCCAUGUCUAGAAGAAAGAAUUUGCCUAAAAAGAAACAACCUAUAAAUGAGGAUGUUCUGUCUGGAGAAACAAUUUCUGAGAAUACAUCAAUAAAAAGCACCCAAAGAUCCAUAAAAUGUACUGUUACAACUGAGGAGCAUUCAAAUCAGAGUGCAGAGAAAAUGAAGACAAGCAUGGAUGUUGUUUCAUUUACAUUUACGUCCCCCAUUGCAAUAUCCGUGCCUGAUGCUCCUUCCACAAGUCAAGUUGUGGAAACAAGCUGCAGCUUUGAUAAUGAUCCUUGUGGCAACAAUGAUCUGCUGUAUUCAAAAAGCUCCGGAUUUUCUUCUCUUGGCCUUAAUAUAAUUGGUGGGGAUGAUCUUAGUGUUCUUUUGGGAAAAAAGCUUCAAGAAUUGGCAUAUAGAGUUGAGUCAUCCGAUUGCAAUAUCAUUAUGGAGGAGACUUCAUCUCGUCCCGCAUCCAGUUGGAAAAAUUCAGUGCUCCCAUCUGGUACAUUGAUCACAGCAUCAAUGAGACAUCACAAAGGACUUCAGUUGGAUCUAGAUAAAGAUAUUUCAUAUAGCACAGCUGACUUCAAUUGCUCUUCAAUUGACCAUCUGGAGCUUGAUUGGAGAAGGAAGUGGCAGUUUUCUGAAGAAAUUGAAGAUCGAAAUGCUAGCAAAAGCAGCAGCGAGACCGGCACAGAAUUAGAUCAUCAACAGCCUAGCCCCCUUUCAACUCUUGAACUUGCUGUCACCAGUGAGUGCUUCGCUGAUGAUAGAGAUGGUAAGCUGCACUCUUCUCAUUCUUAUUUUCUUAUUUAUUUAGAAAUGAUGUGUUGCUGCAUUGACUAUAUAAGUUAUCCCGGGUUAUCGAGAUAUGACCUUUUUUAUUUUUAUCUUUCCUUUGAUCACCGCAUGCACUCUACAUUUUCUGGCAUGAAGCAAGAGUUAUUGGCUCGCAAUCAGGAAUUAUUAGGUUCGCAGCCUGGAAGUGAGUCUGAGACUGAAUUUAAUGUGGCGUUAUCCUAUUUCGCAUCUCCUAAAACUGUGGGAGAAAUGGAUAAAAAGCUUCCAACUAGGACACCAAAUUCAAGAGAUCUUAAGAAGUCAACCAAUUGGGAACUUGAUUAUGUGAAAAUGGUUCUAAAAGAUUCUGAGCUAAAGUUAAUGGAAUAUGCAUUGGGUCAGACCGAGAAUAUUACGACCCCGAAUGGUUUUGAUCAGCUCAAGCAUUGGAACAUAACAGAGACACAGGGAGAAGAAUACAAGACGCUUGAACAAAAACUUGUAGUAGAUUAUGUGAGUGAAUACCUGGAGUUUGUUGUUGGAAGCUGCGAAGGGUGGGGGAAAUUGAUGCAGAACAAAGGGAAGUUGGCAGAAGAGGUAUACAAAGAGAUAAUGAGUUUGAAACAAAUGGGGGACAAAAUGGUGGAUGAGGUUGUAGACAAGGAUAUGAGCAGAAAGCAUGGGCGAUGGGUUGAGUUUGAGACGGAAGCAUUUGAAGAGGGUUUAGAGAUUGAGAAAACUAUAUUAACUUGUUUAGUUGAUGAAUUAGUUUUUGAUUUAUUGCUUUAAGGCUCUCUUAAGAUAUACCCCUAAUGGAUCUUCUAUUAUCCUCUUUGUUCAAGAGUAUAAAAAGUGAUUUGAGUAAAAUAUUUAAUUAUUUUUAUGAAAUAUUUUCAUAUUACCAAAAUAUUUGGAAAGUGUUUUUGAAUUCUUUUAAGACACCUUUUGUAAAAUACUUAAUUAAUAUUAAUUUUUU